AUGCGAAUGGAUCGCCGCGGAAAGGAGAAAAUCUCGGAAUUGACCAACACCACCACCAAACCCGGCCCCACCGCCGCCGCCGAAUCCGCCUCCGCCGCCGACCCCGACGCCACGCCCGCGCGAACCCGCCUCCGGACCCUGUAUCCCCGCCACGCUCUCCGCACCGAACCACCACUCACGCACUCCGCCGCACACGAGCCUCACGCAAAUCCACUGCGGCUCUGCACCACUCCUGUCACCACCACCGGCUUCCCACGCCAAGCCACCGCCGGAUUAUGCGCCCGCCAAUUGCCUCCGCCAGCCACCGGCUACCCGCCGAUGCGACCGCCGGCUCGCCGCGGCCACGCCAUGCCUCCGCCGCGCCGGGUGACAACGUCCCACGAUGCCACCGCGGCUCACCGCGCCACACGCCAAAUGCUCCGCCACGCGGCUCAACGCCGUUGCCACCGCAGCUUCCCUGUCCCCGCCAAUGCCUCCGCCCACGCCGAUGCCACGCCAGCUCCUCCUGCCCCGCCAAUGCCUCGCCAGCGCGUCCACCACGAUGCCACGCCAAUGCCUCCGCCACGGCCGGCUCCACACUGA